UCGGAGAGUCCUGUUGUUGAUUUGACCUAUGCGAAAUAUCAAGGUGUUCGUGAUACAACCUAUGGCGUUGACAAGUAUCUGGGGAUGAGAUACGCAGAAGCGCCCUUGGGAGAUCUCAGAUUUCGCGCUCCUCGAGACCCAAAUCUUAUUGCGGACAUUCAGACCGCCCAGGAAUUUGGUGCAAUAUGUUUAGGGUCAGAUCAAACGCCGAGCGACAACAUGAGCGAAGACUGUCUAUUUGUGAAUGUAUUCACGCCCUCCAAUGCGACCUCUAGCUCAAAGCUUCCAGUGUGGCUUUAUAUCCAGGGCGGUGGCUACGCGAGCAAUGCAGAUCAUGACUACGAUGGAUCAAUGGUGAUUCAAGAAUCUGGCUAUAACAUUCUCUUCGUCAAUUUCAAUUACCGAGUUGGCGCAUUAGGGUUCCUCGCAAGUGAACAAGUCAGAGCAGAUGGAGAUCUGAAUGUAGGAUUGUUGGAUCAAAGAAAGCUUCUAUGGUGGGUUCAGGAGCACAUAUCCAAGUUUGGAGGCGACCCUUCACAUGUCGUUAUUCACGGGACCUCAGCCGGAUCAGGAUCGGUAACCCACCAUCUCACGGCUUAUGGAGGUCGGGAUGAGCAACUAUUUGUGGCUGCAGCGCCCCAGUCCAACUUUUGGCCUCCUCAGAGAACUGUUGCAGGAGCGGAGUUCCAAUUUGACCGUUUUGUCAAUGACACUGGCUGCAGUGAAGCUGUGGAUAUCAUGGCUUGUCUGCGAUCUGCCGACUUGGAGGCAAUCGUCGCGGGAGACACGUCACAACCGUUACCAGGAACCCCGACAAAUGAACCCUUUAACCAAUUUUACUGGCUUCCUGUGGUAGAUGGUGAUUUCAUCCGCGGUUCACUCUACGACCAAUUUGAACGGGGACAGUUCGUCAAAGUCCCACUGCUCGUAGCCAACACCAACGAUGAAGCUUCAGUAUUUGUCACCGACCCUGCAACAGCCGAUGAAAUGGCCCUUUUCUUCCGGAACUACUUCCCUAGACUUACAGAGAGCGAAGUACAACAGGUUCUGCAGACGUAUCCCCUCCAAGACCCGUUACCUCAGCAUGAGGCGUGGUACCCAUCCCUAUCAGCGGCAUACGGCGACUCUAUCUUUCUCUGUCCGGGUUACGAAGUCGCCAAGGCCGCGGCCAGGCACUUGCACUCGGAUAAAGUGUGGAACUAUAGAUUCAAUAUGCAGGAUCCUUCGAACAUCCAGGCUGGACUGGGUACUAUCCAUGCCGUCGAUACUGACGCGAUCCUCGGGCCCGGAUUCGCUGGAGGCUACGCUCAAUCAUACCUCAACGUCAAUGCACCCAUUAUUCCCAUUACUAUGCACUACUACAUCAGCUUUAUUCAAUCAGCUGACCCAAACAAAUACAGACAUGAGACGGCUCCAGUGUGGGAAUCGUGGGGCAAUGGAGGAGCCCAGGGGCGACGGCUCAAGCUAGAGACAAACUCUACAUUUAUGGAGGACAUUCCGUCCCUGCAGAUCGAUAGGUGCAAUUUCUGGCGAGGCCUUGCGAGGCAAAUGGAGCUAUAG